AUGGCGGCAGCAGCGGCGGCGGCGGCUGCUUCCCUCGCCCUCUCUUCCCCCCUUCGCUCCAACUCUCGGUCCGCUGCUCGCUUCUUUGUGCUCUGCACGUUGGCCAGAACAUCCAGGCAAUCCCACCGGAGGGCCCAUAUCUUAUCCACCAACCUGUCGGAUCCUUCGGAACUCUUCUCCCGCAGAAUCUCCCAGCUGGGUCUUUCCGAGCCCCGGGUUGUGAACUGCCGGCGAUUGUGCAGCAGCACUCUUUCGGCUGAGAGCCAGGCGAGGGAGACGACGGAGGAAGGUGUAUCUUCCGGUGAGAAAAUCCGGGAAUUCCGGAAACGUCAGAGUAUCCGGGACAUAAAGGGUGGACCGGAAGAAGGUUUGGAGCUUGUUGGACAGAAGCUCGUUGUGAGAGGCUGGGUGCGAACUUGCAGGGUACAGAGAAGCGUUACUUUCAUCGAGGUAGGUUCUUACUCGCCGACUUAUCAUGGUUCUGGCGGGAAAAAUGUUCAAAGCCCGCAUUGAGAAAUUAAUUUAAUGGAACGUAUCUAGUAUUGUGAAUUUCAAAGUUGGUUAAGUCGUACAUUUCUAUUCGGCAACAUGAGUGCUAAAUGAAGAAAGCACCAAGCUGCCAGAAAAUUCGCGUUUUCUUGUCUCUGUAACUCUCAUUUUGAACUUUUUGAUUUAAUUCAAUGUUGCUAUGUGCAUAAUCUUGAAAGGAUUGCAUUGGAUCGAAUUUUUUUUUGCAUUGUUGAUUUUUUUUUCGCUCUCUUCUUUUGCUGCUGACCUAGUAGUUGAUGAGUAUGAGUUAAAGCAACAACAAUAGAAAGAAUCCAAGACAGCUCGUUUAGAUUCAAAUGAGUUACCUAAAACCAUGUUUUUCUUUGCACUCUUAACUUUUGAAAGUGGUUAAUCCCUUUUAUAAUUCUUUUUAGAUCAAUGCCGUAGUCUAGAGAGCAUUCGGCUUGCCCAAUAUCCGCGAGAAUGUAUCCUGGGACGGUGUUUGUUUUGACGAAUAGUCUCUGGCUUAGUAUUGUUCUGAGGGAUGAAAAGUAGAAAACCCAUAAUUUUUGCAUCUCAUUUUGCCACCGAUACCUGGCUCAGUGCAUUGGAGUCUUGACUAGCAUAAGACAUGCAUUUGUUUGUAUCUUAAGUGUGUAUAGGUAAUACCAUUUCGGUUGCAUUAUUACAUAUCUGAAUGCUUGCUUAUUUCUUUCUAAUUUUGCAUUACGAAAAUCAUGACCAUAUUUUGCAAUUAUCAGGUGAAUGAUGGUUCAUGUCUCUCAAACAUGCAAUGCGUGGUAAACUCAGAUGCUGAAGGCUAUGAUCAGGUAUUCUUAAGAAAAAAACUGGCAUAUUCUUUCAAAUACAGUUUUCAUAUCCUCUUUUAUUCAUCUUUCAGUCACUUUCCAUUGUCUCUUUUACCUCUGCAGUCACUAUUUUUCAUUUGCGCGUUUUAUAAGUAUGUUCUACUAGUGUUGUUUUACUUCAAGAAGGAUCAGUGGAGCACACAGACUCAGCUCUAGUAAAAAAAUUGUUUUGAUUCCGAGUCAGUCCAAAUUCUUUCAACCAAGCUGUGAUCUUUCUUUUUGUUCAUCUUUCUUUUCUUUUAAUCCUCGUAAUACGAUGGUGCUUUUUCUCAUUUUUGUGUACGUUGUAGAGCCCACUGAUUGCUUGAAAACAUUGAAUUUUGAUGUCGAUCUUACUAAAAAAAGUCGCUUCAACUCCUGACCUUAACUAGGUAAUUGAUCUAUAGUAUCACUCUAAUAUGAGUAAACAUCAGGACAUAUUCUAAAUAUUUUUUUUUCAAUUUAUUCAAUGAGUAGUAAUACCAUCGUAAUGCCUCUCCAGUUUUUCAAGGUGAAAAAAAUGCCUGCCAGUUGACUCAGUGUAAAGUUGCCUUCAUAACUAUCCAUAUGUAGGUACUCUUGGCCUUUCGUGUUUUACUCCAAAAAUUUGACCCAUCUAUCUACUUCUAUUUUUCAAUAAUUUUUUAUUUCCUCAUCUGGGUUGUGAAACUACAUGAGAGGACUACCAUUAGAAAGCACUUCAUAUAUUCCGAUUUUUUUCUUUGUUAGGCGUUCAAUCGGUCUUCCUCUGAUACUUUCUGCUAUCAGAAUUGCCUCUGUCAAUGAUGUGAUGUAACACUGGGAGUUGCUUUUUGUUUGGAUUGGGAUGAUUGUGCAUCAAUGGAUGCUUUAUACCCAUUAUGGCCCCAUGGAAGUCUGAUAGGCAUUGUCUUACGUAAAUAUAUAUCUUAUUGAUGUAUUUGGAUGUAAGGGAUCAUUUUGAACUUUGGGUGAUUGUCACAAUAUUUUGCCAAAUCCUUGGCUUCAUUUCUGGAUUCAGUUGAUCCCAGAUAGUUAAAAGCCAAUAAUGACAUUGCAGUCAUUCUCAUUUAAUAUGUUAACAAUAGAUUGAAAAAUCAAAUUUUGAUCAUUUCUAUCAAGUUCUCUUGUGAAAAUUGACGAUUGAGUUUCUUUCUAUGUUAGACUUGGAAUAGAAUUUUGUAUAGGACGUAGGUUUUCUUGCAGAACAUUUUGACGUGUCUUCUCUUUAUUUCCUCGUAUAUUAUGCUUAAUUUAUGGUUUAUUGAAGCUUGUGAAAGCAGUGAACGACAAAACUCGCUUUUCAGGCGAGGAUAUCCUAUUAUCACUUUUCAAUAACUCUCAAUACUUGAUCCUUCCCAGGUGGAAUCUGGCUCUGUCACAACCGGUGCAUCACUUAUGGUUGAGGGAGUUCUAGUUAGCAGCCAAGGAUCGAAGCAGAAGGUGGAACUAAGAGUGGAAAAACUUACUGUGGUAACUAUCUCUAUCUUACUUCGAUUUAAAUUAUUCUAGCCAAGAGCUGGUUGAUGCUCUGACUCAAAGGGGCAUAGGGACAAGAAAGGCCAGUUUUAGUCUCAUUCAGUGCAAGAGGAUGCCAAUUUACUAGCUUUUUACUUGAAGAGGAGGCAAGUGAAGCGUUGAGGAGAGAUGCUGCCUCAUAUUUAUAUGGAUUUUAUCAAAAUUCAAGCAUGUGAAGAAGAUAAUGAUGAGUUUCAUUUUUAUUAUUAUAUCUAUACAUGCUUUUGCAUAUAUAUAACGAUGUCGAGUGACAGUCGGCAAUAUGCCUGUCUCACAUAUGUUUAUAUAUUUGGUAUUUAUCUUACGAAAUAAAAUUAGUCAAAGUUCUCCAUAAAUGUGAAUUCGGCCACUAUUUUCUUCUCAAUUUAAUUUUUUGUCCCAUAUAUCUAGGUAGAGUUACUGCCUUGAUAAAUAGUAAUGCGUCACAACCAGCUUAUCUCGUUUUUCUUUUUUUCUGUAGAUUGGUAAUUGUGAUCCUUCAACAUUUCCAAUUCAAAAGAAAAGAGCUAGCAGAGAAUUCUUAAGAACUGUAGCUCAUCUUCGUCCUCGAACGAAUACAUUUGGAGCAGUGAGUUUCCAGCUGCAGUUGUCAACUUUUUGUCUAUUAUUAGUUUCUAUCCUGCUAUUUAAUCUGUUGCUAUUUUUAUGAGAUCAUUUUUUUGUACGUUUUGCCAUAAUAGUUUUACAGAACUCUCAAUACCUUUCUUUCUGUCAGUGAAGUUGUCACUAAUUAUGAGACGAUUUUCUUUUAUUCUUUUUGGAUUUGUCCUGAUCUUCGAAUGCGAAUACCUUCGUCCAUUUUAUUGGAGAGGCUUAAGAUUUCUAAUUUUGUGAUUACUGUAGAUUCUUAAGUGCGUGAAUUGCAGACAUGGAGAGAAUUUUCUUGUCCUUAGUGAAAAUUUGCUACAAGAAGCGGAAACUGAGAAGAUCUAACGACUCUAAGGGACGGAAGCUCUUACUAUGAGGGCCUGAAGGAUUGAGAUGUUUCCAUUUUAUGGUUUAUUCAUCAAUAUCGAAUUGAUAUCAUGGAUUUUCUCUCAUCUUUGGUAGCCAACGGGAAUGGUAUUCUAAACAACUCCGCUACAUUAAGCCUGGAGGAUUGGUACUAUAGCAUGGUUUUCACCAUUGUAAUGUAAACCUCGGAUAUUUGGACAUGCUCCUAGUUUUUGAGAGCUUUUUGGAGACAGACUCCCUUUUAUCUUGCUGGAUUGGCAACAUGGGGCAAGGACACUGAUUUUUAGCUGAUAUUUUUGUGAAAUUCAUAAUUUACAUGUAUCUAUGCCAAAUAUUUAUCAAUUCUAUCUAAUUUUAUCAAAUGUAAUGACGUUUGUGAACAAUUGCAUGGAUAAGCUGAAAAAUAGAAAAAACUAUUUAUGAAAUUAGCCUUAGUUCUUAUUAUGUGGUAUUUUUUACUAAAGAGAAAUGCUUCUCUGUUUUCUUACUUUUAUCUACUGAUCCUGACUGUUGUUUCACAUAAGUUUUAUUACCUUUCUACAAUGACUUAUAUAUGAGGGGUAGAUUCCCCCUGAUAUUUUUCCUCAAGUUUCUUGUAGGUUGCUAGGGUGAGGAAUGCUUUGGCACAUGCGACUCACAAAUUUUUCCAGGAAAAUGGAUUUACUUGGAUCUCGAGUCCAAUUAUUACCGCAUCAGACUGUGAAGGAGCUGGGGAACAGUUCUGUGUCACUACUUUGGUAUGGAUUUCAAUGUUCCGCAGCUUGAACAAGUUUUUUUAAUAUUUUCUAUACGAGCUUCUCAGUGUAAAAUGGAAUUUGAUGCCCAUGGCAGAUGCCCUCACCCUACUGUGGAAUUUAAAACCAUAUUUUCUGAAAUAUCGUCCUUACUUUUUGUUGCUUGAAAGAUCCCAGCUGCUAAAGAAGGUACUGAGACCCUAGUGGAUGCCAUUCCCAGGACUAAGGAUGGGAUGGUUGACUGGUCACAGGUAUAUUUAAUCAUUGUUUGCUUUAGCCUUUUGAUUUGGCAUCAUGCUGAUGACCUACUGCAUAUGCUCACUUUUUUUUUCCCUCACGUGAUACCUUGUUUUAUCACCGUUAAUGAUUGAUCCUCUUGUUGAGAAAAAAAAAGAGAUCUUACAGAGGUAUUCUAAACCUGCAAAAGGGUCAAUAUGAUGGACUCUGUAGAAUUUGUAACCCAGACCAGAGUCUAAUUUUGUUAAGCUUCUGUACAAGUUUAACAUAUGACCAACGUAUUUUCUAAGCAGAAACAUUAUCGAGUUUCUUAUUCCGUUCUAGUCAGUAUAGGGGAGCAGGUAUCGGUUGGCUACAAUGUCGCCUAUGUUGAAUGUAAAUUUUCUAAAGGACUAAAAAUCUUGUUAAAAAUCUAAUUGUUUUAUUAUAACCUUCUCGCCCUUUUAAUAGAGAUUUAGGCUUUUUCUACAGACAAGGACGUUCAAUAUCUGAGCAUAAUUAAAUUUUUAUCAUGUUGAUUUUAAUGCUCCUUUUCCUUGUAACCAGGAUUUCUUCGGAAAACCAGCAUUCCUUACGGUCUCAGGCCAACUCAAUGCGGAAACCUAUGCAACGGCACUUUCCGAUGUACGCUUCUAUCUUAAUUUUAUAAUAAAAAAGAAAGCAGAUGAUCAGAUUUUGUUUGUUUAAAGCAUUAGAAUGUUGAUGAGUGUGUGGUCAUUGCUGUGACAGGUGUACACAUUUGGUCCUACUUUUAGAGCUGAGAAUUCUAAUACUUCCAGACAUCUAGCUGAAUUCUGGGUAUCAUGUUUUUCUUGCAAUUAUCCUUCUGGAUGAAUACUUGUCUAUUUAGAUUUCCUACUACGUAAAUAUUAGUAUUUGUCUGUGUUUUAACUGAUGUUUUUACCUUCUCAUUUCUAAGAUGAUUGAACCAGAACUUGCUUUUGCUGAUUUGCAUGAUGACAUGGCCUGUGCAACUGCUUAUCUCCAGUAUGUAGUAGGUUACUUUUCACUACUGUUUUCCAUUCUUUUGUCAAGGUUCUCUCUUUUUCUUUGUUUUACCAUUUUUUUAAUUGUUUUUAACACUAACAGUGACUUUUUUCUAAUAGGUGAGAUAUGUCCUUGAGAACUGUAAGGAGGACAUGGAUUUUUUCAACACAUGGAUUGAAAAGGGCAUUUUGGAUAGAUUGAAUGUACGUGUUCUACUCAUUAUUUUCCAACUACUGAAUCAGAUUCAAUAAAGAAGCUGAUGGGGUAUUUAGAUCCGUCAAAUCUCAUACCUAAUGUGAUAAUGUAAAACAUCUUGUAUCAAACCUUUUCUCCUUUUACCUUUAAGUACAUAACAUUGCUAUUCAAAUUGGAUAGGAUGUUGCCGAGAAGGACUUCGUCCAGCUAACAUAUACUGAUGCCGUUGAACUUCUGAUCAAAGCAAAAAGGAAAUUUGAGUUCCCGGUAAUGCAUACAUCCAUACAAGGAACCUUGUUAGCUUGCUUCAAAGUUGUUAUACUCUGAAACCUGUUGUGGUACUGCUUAUUUAUUUAUGCACUCUACAUAUAUUGAACCAUUUAAACUGUUGACUCGACUAUAUUGAACCUGAGGUACAGCUUUCUGUGGGGGUGAAAAUAUAUUCCUCCCCCAAGGACUGUAACCUGAACUUGAAGCUGAACUGCAUUCGACCUAUUCUACUCCUCCUUUCAUUUUUUUAACCGAAAUCGUUAAAGUUUUGACAUUUCGAGGUACUUGCUAGUUCUUAAUCCAUAAGAAACUUUUAGGUUAUAUCACAUCGGCUAGAUCAUUGGACAUACGUCUGUGGCUUCAAGCUUUUGACCACUUAUCACGUCUUGCCAAGUGAAUUUGACAUAACUUUUUUUUAUUCAUCUGUUUAGCUUUGUUGUUUUUCUUUUCCCAGGUAAAGUGGGGAUGUGACUUGCAAAGUGAACAUGAGAGGUACAUUACUGAAGAGGCUUUUGGUGGACGUCCUGUCAUAAUCAGAGAUUAUCCCAAGGUAUGCGUUAAGCUCAUGCUGAAACAUUUAGAAUAUUAUAAAUUUUGCUUCUGAUAUUAUAUUUAUGAGUUUAAAACAUUUAGGAUAUUAAAGCUUUUUAUAUGAGGGCCAAUGACGAUGGCAAAACAGUUGCCGCGAUGGAUUUGCUGGUUCCAAGGGUAGGCCAUUUUAUUCUUUUGUAUGUUUUUUCUUCAUUAGUUAUAUCUGCAAGGUUAGUUGUACGGAUUUAAAUAGUAUAAGUACUGUCCUCGCAAAUGUCUAAAUGCUCACGAAUUUGUGGUCACAUGUGUAAGGCAUCUUUGGCAUGUGUUCGUUCUUGCAUGAAUGGCCGAUAGAUAAUUCACUUUCACACAGCUUAUAUUGUGUCUGGUUAAUUCGUGUUACAUAUUUUUAGCAAUAGAUUAUUCGUCGGUUAUUUUUUUUGUAGAAAUGUAAUUGUUUUUUUUUUUAAUUUGAUAUCAAGAUUCAUUUGACUCUUUAUGAUCUUAACACCAGGUAUCAAUGGGUAUAUAAUAGCUUAUUUAUUAAAUAAUUUAUAUUUCUAUUACGAAUUAUUAUUUUUAGAAACUAUUAUGUCGGUUCCUUGCCUUCAGGCAGUAGGUGGUUUCCCUUUCCCUAGGUGUCCAGACCUUCCUGAAAAACUUUGGCUUAACUUUAUGAUUUAAUAUCAUUAAUUGGAAAUCUUCUAAAUCAUGUAAUCCUUGACUUUUCCUUCCAUUAUCUCCACAAGUAAGUACGGAGAGCAUGGUUACCCUAUGUGAAUUCGCUCAAAGGUAACAGUAUUAACCCUCACACACGCCUCCACUGUUCGUUUUGUGGCAACUACCCACCGACUAGACCAAGUGAAUUUUUGUCUAAUGAUCUGUUAGGAUAUCCGAGCACUCCAUAUCACAUCCCAAACAUUGGCAGAUGCUUUAGUUAUCUUGUCAAUCCUUAAUGAUGUCUUCUGUUUGAGACAUUCUGUGCCCUGUUAUUUAUUUGAUGUUUCCUGGUUCAGUGAGGGUAGCGCGAGUUUUUUGGUCUGUUUCACGUGGAGUCCUCAUAAUCCAUCUACCCAUGAUAUCAUUUGUGCACCAGACAUUAUAGAUAUAUUACUAUUGUCUGAAUAUGCUUAUCAUUACCAGGUUGUGGAUUGAUCUUAGAUCUUGUGUAAGCACAAUGUGGUUACAGCUCAUUGUCCAAAUGACGUUAUUUUCAAUUUGCUUCAUUAUGUCUGAGUUCUGGAUAUUUGUGAUUUUAGACAAUUCUAUAUUUAUAUCAGGUUGGUGAGCUUAUCGGUGGAAGCCAAAGAGAAGAACGCCUCGAAUAUCUUGAAAACCGUUUGGACGAACUGAAGCUUGACAAGGAGAGCUUCUGGUGGUACCUCGAUCUUCGUCGGUUUGGUUCAGGUCGGUGCUCCUAAUUCUUUCAAUUCUUACAUUUAUUUACUACCCUUUUGUGACCAUCGGGUUCUUCACACUGAAUCUGCGUCGAAGUCAAUUAGUGUUAGUAUGAGGCUGUCAGAAAUCAGGCACAUGAUUAGUCAUCUCAUAAGUUAUAAUUCUAUGAGAGCACGUAUUGUCCAAUUCUCCCAUUAUAUUGUUAGAUUAUGAAACCGAUCCAUUGCAUAAACAGUGCGAUGGAUCUUCUGAGUAUCAUUCGGUUCCCUUUCCUCCCCUGUAGAUUAGUCUUUCCCCUUGUUUACCUCUUCUUUCAUAGCUAUCCUCUCCCAUUAUAUUGUAAGCACACUGUCAAACUCUCUUGACUUCAAUUUCUCCCUUCAAUCAAUCAGAAUUCAAUGCCAUCUCGAAAGAAGCAGUCUAAGCACACUGUCAAACCCUCUUCUGGCGAUUUGACCAACAAAAAGGAUUCUCUUUUACCAUAUUUUCGAUCAUAUCCAUGAUCAAUCUUAACGUAUACGUCCACUUGCAGCUGCCCUUGUGUCUUCAGUUUCUGAUCAUUCAUAAAGAGGGUAUUUUGCUCUUCCAUAUUGCGUAUGGGUCAGAUGUAGAUUCGGUCUCCAGACGGUUAAUGUGAACUCUUCUCAUUUUUCUCCCUGUCUUCAGUCCCACACGCUGGCUUUGGACUGGGUUUUGAGAGGUUAGUACAGUUUGCGACUGGAAUAGACAACAUCAGAGAUGCCAUUCCUUUCCCCAGGACCCCUGCUUCUGCCGAAUUUUGA